UAGAUGGCUAAAGCGGCGCGAUCGCCGACGGCGGAGGCCCCGCCGGCCCCGGAGAGGUCCCGGUCCGCCGUCGGGUCGGGGCUCCGCUCCCUCGCCAGCGCCGCCUCAGGUUUUCUGGAUCGGUGGUCGGUCGUGGGGACCGGCAUAUCCAGGCUCGAGAAGGCUCUCGGCGACCAGUUCCCCGAGGGCGAGCACUACUUCGGCCUGGAGAACUUUGGCAACACCUGCUACUGCAACAGCGUCCUUCAGGCACUUUAUUAUUGCAUUCCAUUUCGAGAGCAGUUGCUAGAAUAUUCUGCAAAUUACAAGAAUCCAGGAGAGGCUGAGGAAAAUUUGCUGACCUGUUUGGCAGAUCUUUUUACACAGAUAAGCCUAUCAAAGAAAAAGACUGGUGUUAUUUCUCCAAAACGUUUUGUUCAUAGGGUGAGGAAAGAGAAUGAAGCAUUUCGGAGUCAUAUGCACCAGGAUGCCCAUGAAUUUUUGAAUUUUUUGCUGAAUGAGAUUGUCGAUAUUUUGGAAAGAGAGUUCAAUACCAUGAAGGAUUCUUCUGAAACCACAUCCCCUGAUGGAGGGGAUUCAAAUGGGGAAGUUAAUCAUUUAGCAAAUGGAGUUCAAAGGGAGCCAUUGGUUACAUGGGUUCACAAGGAUUUCCAGGGUAUAUUGACCAAUGAAACUAAGUGCCUGAUGUGUGAGACUGUCACCGCGAAGGAUGAGACAUUUUUAGAUUUAAGCAUCGACAUUGAACAGAAUAGUUCACUCACAAGCUGCUUGAAGAAUUUCUGUUCCACUGAAACUUUGAAUGCCGAUGACAAGUUUUUCUGUGACAAAUGCUGCAGUUUGCAAGAAGCACAGAAGAGAAUGAAGAUAAAAAAGGCACCACAAAUAUUGGUGAUCCACUUGAAGCGCUUCAAGUUCAUCGAACAGCUGAGUCGGCACAAGAAACUGUCAUACCGAGUGGUGUAUCCCAUGGAGCUGAAGCUGAGCAGUGCCUCUGACGAUGUAGAUUGCGAGUACGCCCUCUUUGCUGUGGUAGUCCACCUUGGGAGCGGCCCUAACCAGGGACACUAUGUAAGCCAAAUUAAAAGCUCUGACCACUGGUUGUGUUUCGAUGAUGACAAUGUCGAGAAGAUUCAGGAGUCCAGCCUGCAAACGUUCUACGGUUCUUCUCGCGAAUAUUCUGGCAACACCGAUCAUGGCUACAUCUUGUUCUAUGAGCGCAUUGCGAAGAGCUAGGAAAUUUUGUUUGAUUAGCGGCAGUGAUGAUAGAUGAAAUAAGGUGUACAGUGUAAAUGAUGGAAACCUGAUAAGUUGUCUCAGUUUAGUUACUGCACUUCAAUAGAAUAGACUUUGAUAAAUAAAAGUUCUUUUUUUACAGAGACCAAAAGUGUAAUUCAGAUUCGGGUUGGACUUCUCUGUUUGUUUAGUUCAGUUUUUCAUAAUAGAUGCAGAAAGUAAUCAAAUUAUAACCGCUGGUUUA